AUGAGUACAGUCAAAGACAGUCCUGAGACCCCCCUUGACGGAGAUUUCGAGAAGAAUGUCCACGAGACCUUGGAAUACUGGAAGAUCCCCGGGAUGGCAGUCGCCGUCGUCGAUGGGGAUACCACAUGGACCCAGGGAUAUGGCACUGCCGAUCUCGCAUCGUCCACCGACGUCGAAUCGAACACCCUGUUCUACGGAGGAAGCACCACCAAAGCGUUCACCGCCGCCAUAAUGGCCAUGCUGGUCGAGGACAAUGACAAGUACCCCGGAGUGCAAUGGACUACGCCCGUGAAUGAGUUGAUCCGCGAGGACUUCGUUCUGGACAACCACUGGACGACGGCAAACGUCACCAUUGAGGAUAUCCUGUCCCAUCGGACCGGAAUGCCGGGCCAUAACUUCUCGCUUGGAGCUGUGUAUGCUGACAAGCAGGCCACUGUUCAAGAUGUGGUGAGGAGCUUGCGCUUCCUCCCGUCUACCGCACCCCCACGCACGACCUACCAGUACAAUAACGCCAUGUAUAUCGUGGCGUCGCAUCUUAUCCAAACAGUCAUGGGCGAUGACCUCGGCUCUAUCUUUCAAAAGCACAUCUGGGACCCUCUCGGGAUGAGCAGCACGUAUUUCCGCCUGGAUGAUGCACUUGCCAGUCAAAAGCCCUUGGCAAAGGGCUAUGCCUUCGCCGAGGGCAAGUAUGAAGCGGUGGAGUGGAAGAACAGGCCGGAAAUCUCCGGCGCCGGUGCCAUUAUCAGCACUGUGGAAGACUACGCGAAAUGGAUCUACGCACUACUGAAUCAGAGCGGGUUGCCUCUUUCCUCGGAGGGCUACGGAACACUCUGGACCGCGAGAGCACUCAUUCCAAAUUCCGAGCCGUUUUUGGCCCCGAUGGCGUAUGCCCUUGGAUGGGACCGUUACAUCUACCAGGGAGUGGAGAUCAUCACUCACGAUGGGGGGAUAGAGGGAUUCGGAGCCGAGAUUGUGAUGAUCCCCGCGCUUAAAUUUGGGGUCAUCACCAUGGCUAACUCGACCUAUUCGUCCAACUAUGGGGGAACAUGCCUGGCGUAUGAGCUUAUCGAUUCGAAGCUGGGCAUCGCUGCGGGGGACAGAUUUGACUGGAAACAAAAAUAUGUCGAUAUCGUCGACCAAAUGGACGCUUACAAUGCAGACGCGGUCCAAAUCUUCUACCCCGAUCUCCCGUCUCCUCCUCUACCGGGGCCGACUCUCGCUAUCGAAGCAUACUCCGGCACCUACUGGCAUGAUGCCUACGGUCGGCUCGAUCUCUCCAUAGAUGGCACCGGCACAAAGCUCCACGCGGACCGAACUAAUUGUACCAAUACCUGCUCUCUUACAUUCGAGAACGUCACGGGAAACUACUUUAUUAUUAGGCUGCUUGUAGUUGGAGCCGAGACCGUCCUUCCAGCUGAGUUUUCGGUUGACCCGGACGGGAAGCCAAGGUCUGUCGGUAUAGGGUGGGAGCCAACGAUGGGGAUAGAGAAGAAGAUUUGGAUGCGCAAGGUCGAUGGUGAUGAUACCGUUGGGCUGCAUCGCGCCCUGCCGUACAAGCCAUCCAGAACUCCCCAGCUGCCGGAGUUUUUGACUGGCCACCUUUUUGUCUAG